CAUCAGAAUGUUGGCUGGGCUGUGGAGCAUUUUCUCCCUGUGCUCUGGCUCAACCCCUUCAUAAAAGCCCAGGGAGGAGGUGGAGAUUCCCCAGCUGAAGGGGGGAGGGCUUCCUGCAGUUCCCUGACAGGGGCGCACCUCUGCUUUAGAGAGUGGGACCCGGAUCUGGAAAACUGGGAAACCAUGCUCUUCAUCUGGGCUCUGCCAUUGGCCUUAGUGGUCCAGGGAGGCUUCUCUGCUGCACAACCAUUCAGGUCCUCCCCUGGGAAUGCAGACCAGUGGAUGAAGUGGUGCGAUGAACACAAAGCUCUCCACAGUCGCCUAGACCUUGUGGAAGAGACCCUGGACAAGACUGUGGAGCACCUCGAGUCUGAAGUAAAGAACCUGCUUAACCUGAUGGAUGCGAUGGCGUGGAACUUGCCCCCAGACCCCGGGAGCCCUGCCGAGAACCUCUUUGGAGAUGGAGGAAAACUAGACAUAGCUGGAUCUUGCCAUCUCUUCAGCUCUGCUGAUGUUCAAGGGGAGCUCCCUGCAGCCCAGGAAGAGGAUGCAGGGGGAGGGGAGAUGUGAAUCCCUUUGAGGACCAAGAGGACCUGGAGCUGAGGGCAGCAGUGGCUCCACGGCUUUUUGGAUAACUCACUCCCCAGGUGGCUGUUCUUUCAUCCACUUGGACAUGUGUUGGAAAAGGCUGUCAUGUAAUAAAUGUGUCUUGUACUGUGAACGGCAGCCUGGAGACUCUUACACUGUUACGACAAGACACAAGUCUGAUUCUUCUCUCUUUAUUUUGUCUUUGUCUCCAUUUGCUUUGCUGGAUCAGCCAGAUUCAUGUUCUGCUUAUUGUUCAAGAAAUCAUCUUCAUCCUAAGAGUCUAGAACCCUGAAAAUGUAAAGACCUAGGUUCAAAUCCUGAAUGUGCUUUGUGACUUUUGGCACACAAACUGCUCUGGACCUGUUUUCCUCAACUGUAAAAAUUACGGGGUGAAGCUAGACGUCCUCUAGAGUCUAUGAAUUUAACAUCCAAAUUCUCCAUCCUUGGUAUCAGUGGGGGCAUAUAUAGGGAUAUAUGCCCUAUAGAGACAGUCCACAUCUUGUAGAUAAGUGAGAGGCGUUAGGGACUCGACCCAGAAUUACAUGAGACUUAGGGACUCAAAUACACUCUCCCUCUCCUUCCUAACACAAUUGGUCCCAAACUAAAUUAAGUCCAGGUGGAUAUAUAUGAUGGAUAUAUAUUGUGACUUGGACAGAAGUUGAUAGGAUUACUAAGAAGGGUAGAGAGAAAACAUGGAAGCUCCAGGCCCUCAGAAGAAAUUGACAAGAGCUAAGAGACAUUGGCACAAAGGGCUUCAGCAAGGAAGGUGGAGGGCAGGAGACCCUGAUGGGAGGAAAAGAGUGAUUUGGGAAACAAACUGACCCAAAGGAAAGUACUGGGUACCUCCAAGAUAAGAAAACCCUGCUGGUGGACUCCACUUCCUAGAACAAAGGUACUUAAUCUGAGUUCCUUGAACUUUAAAAAAUAUAUAUAUAUAUAUUUCAAAAUUAUUGGUUUCCUUUAUAAUCACAUGUAUUGAAAAUAUUAUUCUGGAAAGGGGUUCAUAGAUAGGCUCCACCAGACUGCCAAAAGUGGUCCAUGACACAAAAGAUUAAGAGCCCCCUGCAGAGAAGGAAGGGAGAUUUGGGUAUACCAAAGAUAGUUACUUCUUUGGAGAUUAGAAAGGGGAAAUGGAGAAAGGGAGAAGGGAAUUGGAGACGAGAGAAAGAAAAGGCCAAAAAGGGAGAGAGAAGAGGGGGAAAGAUGUUUGAAAAGGCAAAGAGUGGGUGCCCUCUGAUCUGCCGUGGAACUGUCUACAUCAGGGGUGGGGACUCUGCGGCCUUGAGGUCACAUGGCCUCCACCCCUAGUCUAUGUAGUCUUGGGCAAAAUCUCUGUGCAUGUCUCCCCCAUAUUUGAAACAAGGUGGUUGAAUCAGGUGAUCAUUAAAGCUCCUUAACUAUAUAGCUCAUUUACUAUAAUAACCUAGUGGUUCCAAACAUUUUUCUGUUCCUCAAUCCCAUCUUUCAACAACAAAAACAGGUUGUGAGCCCCAUGGAUAAUUUAAUACUUGUAAUAACAUUCUUUUAGAUUUAUUCAUUAAGUGCUUACAAUAACUACGGUGAUAAUUCCUAUCCCCCAAAGCUCAAACUAAAAUUUGCAUUAUUCUGUAAUUCUAUAAUAGAGUAAGAAAAUAGAAUAUUUGCAUAUUCUAUAAUUAUGGAAACAAAAUAUAAAAUUAUUAAGCUGUAAUUAUAUAAUUGCAAGUAUUUUAUAAGACAUUCUGUAAGAGUUAAAAGUAAUCCAGCAAGACCACAUGUGCUUACUAUUUUCUGUAAGAUGUCAUAUUAAAUUUAUUUUAUAAAUUUAGUUGAAUAUAAAGAACAUUUUAAUGAGCUAAGUUACAACCUGGAAGAUAUUUAACUUAAUAUUAUAAUCACACAUACACUUAAAUUCAAUGUUGUACUUUUUUUUUUAUUUGAACAAAGGUUUGCAAUAUUUGGCUCAACACCAAACCAUCUUAAAUCUGUUUGUCCAUCAAGUUUGUUUCUGUGUUUUGAUUUAAAACAAGGAAGUGGAAAUGUUCAAUCACACAAGUUUGUAGGGAAAAUGGUAGAAUAUUUUACAAGCUCUCUUGCUGAGAGAUGGAAACUCAUUUUAAUUUUUAUCCAAAAAUGCACAAGGCUGUCAUUUUUAAGUGAUGUUCGUAGUCCAAGAUCCAUUGAUAUGUCAGUUAAACUUUCUUUUUCAUCCACUGUCAUUUAAUCAGCCAGACAUAAAAGACAUAUCAAAUGUGUCCAUGAGUCCAAUUAAAUUUACUGGAAAUUUCAGGAAAUUAUUCAUUGAAAGUCACUUCUAAAAAUUUCAGGUGAUCGCUGAUGACUUUCUUCACAAUCUAAGCCAAAGAGAGUUCACAUUCCAAUAAAAUUAUGUAAUAUCACAGAGCUCAGUACUGUUCUUAAUUAUGUGAUUCCGAAAUUGUAGUGUCUUAAUCAUACUUUUCAUUUUGUCUUGAACAUGAAAUGUUUACAUUUACACCCUCUAACGAUGUGCGGAGUUCAUUCAUUUUUUGAGAUGUCUGCAAAAUGUGUUAAUUUUUGUAGCUAUGGCGUAUGGUAUUUACACUCAGGUGAAAAGGAUGGUGAGUGAAGACAGCCAACUCUUCCCUCCAUUCAAACAGAUGAAUGAUAACUCAGAUGUGGGAAAGUCACCUAAAUCUAUACAUGUGUGUUAGAAAUGUAACAUGCUCACGGUUCAACUCUUUUUAUCACUAACUGAUCGAAGCUUAUCUGCAACAUAAUUGGGUAAUUGUUUAUUGCUUAUGGCACCGUUAAAGAAUGUUUAGCAUGAACCCUUUGGACCAUGGUGGGGUGGGGGGGUGGGAAGAUGGGGCGUGGGUUGUAAAACACUAAAUAGGAAUCACUGGUGCAAUAAUUUAAAUUCUAACUUGAAGUGAAAACUGCAAUUCAACUCUUGAUAUUCUUACUGACAUUUAGCUUUUCUAUACCUCAGUUUUCUCAUCUAUAAAAUGGAGGUAAUUAUUCCUUGCAUAAUCUACCUCGCAAGGUUGUUUCGAGAAAAUGUGCCUUGUAGAUUCCUAAGUCACCAUACAGGCGUAUUCCUUUAAAGAAAGCUGCUGUGUCUAGCAACAUCGUUAAUACAUUAUAACAAAACCUCACUGUAAAGUAGUUAAGUCCCACCGCAACAUCAUUUAGUUAAUGACUUAUAUAUAUUAUUGUUUCUA